AUGUGUCUUCCUUUCGGACGAAGCAGCAACAACCGUCGCUACGGUGGCAGCAGCGGAGGCAUGAUGGGAGCUCGCCCUGUCAAGGAAGUUCACCACCAUCACCACGGAGGAAUGGGCGGCGGCCGUAUGGGUGGUGGAAUGGGAGGCAUGGGAGGAGGACGUCGAAUGGGAGGAGGUAUGGGCGGUGGACGUAUGGGCGGCGGACUCGGUGGAAUGAUGGGAGGUCGACGAAUGGGUGGACGCUGCUGA